AGAGUGGGAGAGGGGAACUGGACCUUGAGCCUUCUUCCUCUUGAAGCAGAACAUUGGAGGGUGGCGGGGGAAUCUCCGCUUUCGCGCCGUCGCGUGGUCGGGAGUCGGGACCCAGCACAGGGCGGGUGGGGGAGAGGGAGGUUGGAGGGAAGGAGGAAGAGAAUGAAAACAGUAAGGACAGCGGGAGCACAAGGCGGCCGUUCCCGCUGUCGCCGCUUGGGGUUGGCGAGAGGAGCUGGCUGCUGAGAGGAAAGCGGGCUGGGAGACGACGGGGAGAAGAGACCCUGAGAGACCGAAAGCGACCUUGCCGCUGCCGCCGCUGUUGCGUGGCUUGUGGACGGAGGAGGACGAGGCAGGGAGCGAGGUGGCUCCCCGGGGGAGACGGAGCGAGGCGAACAAAAGGCUGCCCGCCUUGCUUGACGAAGGGACCGGAGGAGGCAGAACUGGGCGACCUUCCCUGGCCGAGAGGAAGCCCCGUGAGGCGGACGCUCAACUGGCAGAGUUCUCCGCCGUCUUCCAGCCAUGAAACGGAAGAGCAAAUCCCGAGGAGGAGCUCCUGGCGGCUGGUGCUCGCUCUGCCGCGGCUCUUGGUGAACCCGAGGCGAGGAGGCUUCUUCCAGGAACGGUUCGAGCGAAAGAAAUCUCUCCCCGCUCCUGCUGCUCCUGCUCCUGACCCGUGUAAACGAAGUGACUUCUGUUUCCCCUCAGCAGCAGGAGAAGAAACGGCGCCGAGGGAAGCGUGUCUCGUGAGGGCAGCUACGGUAUUUUAUAACCGUGCCUCCCUCUCUUCCUUUCCUUCCCUUCCUCCUUUCGCCUGCCUUUGCCAAGCAGCCUCCAUCGCUUUUGAACGGGGGCGCGUGGAUGCCGGGAGGCGAGGGGGAAGCAGGCGCCGCCGCCGCCGCGAGCUGUUUUCGGGUCGCUUCUCUCCCACACGCUGCUCCCGGCGAUGAAAAGCGGGAUCCAGGAAGCUGCUUCUGCUUGGUCUGGCUGCUGGGGAUAAAUAAACCCAGAUAGAGUGGGAGGCGGAAAGUGAAGCACCCGCCGCUCUUUUUCUCGACGUCUGGCUCUGUGUUCAAGUGGAAGGCAGCGCUGGGGUCGUGAGGUGGUUGUGCACAGCUUUGGGUCCAACGGCAGUUUGAAGGGAGCGGGUUAGGUGGGUGGGAUGCCUGCCCGAUACCUUCUGGAACGGGAGACGAAUCUUGGAUGGCUUCACUGUCUGACUGACUAAUUCCUGUAUCGAAGCUGGAAUGAGUUUCAGAGAGCAACUCGUUUCUUUGCUUAUAUAAAAGCCUGGAAGUCUCGGUAAGAGCGACAGAAGGAAGAAAAGCAGAAGGGAUUUAUAAUAUAAACAUUUUAUUUGCAUCUCUUUCCCCUGAAAUCAAGUUUGUUUUUUUCUGGAGGAAAGGGAGGGUGAACUGGAUAUUUGUUGGCAAAUAGAAAUGAAGGCUGACAUUUAAAAUGUCAUGCAUUAUUUUUUCCCUGGUGAUGGAUAUUGACCACCACAUUUAUGUCUUGUUCAGAAAACUUUCUUUUCUAUAGUGAGAGCAAAGAGGAACUAAUAGUCUUUUGUUGUCAUUCAGAGCAACAGCUGGAAAAAUACAGGCAGCUUACAGUGAAUUUAGAGUCUAGGAAAAAUUGGAUAUUAUGGAUGGUUUCUCAAAUGCUGGUUUUGGAUUUGGAUAUAUGUAUUUGGAACAAUUAAUAGGAAUUUUAAUUUUUGUAAAAUGAUCUGCAUAAAGGAUCUUAACAAACUUAUGUGAAAGGAAUGUACUCAGUUACAAAACACUCUUAACAUUUUUAACCAAGACAUGCUUAAGGAUGUGGAUUUGAUGUAAAAACUGAACAGCUUGUUAAACAAAAGGAACAAUGCUUCAAAAUCCUUUUAAAGCGCUAUUUCUUCGACAGUUGAUUUAUAUUUUAGCCGUUUCUAGUUCCCAUUUCCUUGUAUGAUUACAUACUUUUAAGGAACUGUUUUGAACUGUUUCAUUUCAUUGUGAAGAAAGGAUAGACUACUUAUGACUUCUUCAAUGACAGCUUUGGACACUGAACAGAUAACUGGGUGUUGUAUAAUACCCUGAUAAACUAAAGUACUAAAAGUGGCUUCAAGGAAACAUCUUACCCAAAAGGUGUUUUGGGGGUUACUCCCCUCCUUAUUCCCCCUUGAUGACUCCAGGAGGUGGUGGAGGAGGGCCCAUGAAAGACUGUGAAUACAGUCAGAUCAGCACUCACAGCUCCUCUUCUCCCAUGGAGUCUCCUCAUAAGAAAAAGAAAACAACUGCCAAGAGAAAAUGGGAGGUUUUCCCUGGAAGAAACAAGUUCUUCUGUGAUGGAAGGAUCAUGAUGGCUCGUCAGACUGGAGUCUUCUACCUGACCCUUGUUCUUAUUUUGGUUACCAGUGGACUGUUCUUCGCAUUUGAUUGUCGAUAUUUAUCGGAUGAGAUUACACCUGCUAUUCCUGCAGUAGGAGCAAUUCUGUUCUUUUUUGUUAUGGGGACCUUGCUACGUACUAGCUUCAGUGAUCCUGGAGUCCUGCCUCGUGCAACACCAGAUGAAGCAGCAGAUCUUGAAAGACAAAUAGGUAACACUGAAGAAAUUGCAAAUGGCUCCAGUUCAGGAGGGUACCGUCCUCCUCCCAGAACAAAAGAAGUACUCAUCAAUGGGCAGACAGUAAAGUUAAAAUACUGUUUUACCUGCAAGAUUUUUCGCCCACCUCGUGCCUCACAUUGCAGCCUUUGUGAUAACUGUGUAGAACGGUUUGAUCACCAUUGUCCCUGGGUAGGCAACUGUGUGGGGAAAAGAAACUACAGAUUUUUUUAUAUGUUUAUUUUAUCUCUGUCUUUUCUGACAGUCUUUAUAUUUGCAUUCGUUAUCACCCACAUCAUCCAUCGAUCUCAACAAACAGGGUUCUUAAAUGCACUCAAGGACAGUCCUGCAAGUGUGCUGGAAGCUGUGGUAUGUUUCUUCUCCGUUUGGUCCAUAGUUGGGCUCUCAGGUUUUCAUACUUAUUUGAUCAGCUCCAAUCAAACAACAAAUGAGGAUAUCAAGGGAGCUUGGUCAAAUAAAAGAGGUAAAGAAAACUUCAAUCCAUACAGCUAUGGCAACAUUUUCACUAACUGUUGUUCUGCACUCUGUGGGCCCAUCUCUCCCAGCUUAAUUGACAGAAGAGGAUUUAUGCAGCCAGAUACUCCUCAGCCGGCAGCACCCUCAAAUGGCAUUACAAUGUAUGGGGCCACACAGUCUCAGAGUAAUAUGGGAACUGAAGUUAGAUUAACCAGGUGGUAAUUGCCAGGAUCACCCUUUCCUUUUUGAAGGUUGGUAGUAUAUUUUGGUUUCCCCCCUUUCUAGUACACAUCCAGUUCUCCAUCACUUUUUAGUAGUUUUGUGAAUUCAUUAACCAAUCCCCUUACACCAUAGAAAUGUGCCAUGAGAAUCCACAGACUUGCUGAUUAUUCAUUAUUCCUAAACAUGUUCUCUUUUCAUUAGAAGCUAUGGCUGCAAUCCACUUACACUAGGGGGGGGGGGAAUUGCUUAAUCGGAAGAUAACUGUGAUUCAAUGUUGUGGAUUGUGCCCUAUUUCUCCCUUCAUAACUGACCAACUCAACCCAUUUUUCUUAUUUUUGAAGAGAGUUCUGUGCAAGAAAGCAUUUCAGCCAUUUUAGAAAUAUCUGUUCCUUCCACAUUUCUCAUUUGUAUAUUAACUGUUGCUGGAUCUACAAUAGUUUCAAUAGUCUAUCGUCCUGGCUGUGCCAAUACCUUUCUGCAAUAUACUUUCUUCCUUUUUCCUUUUGCAACUUCAUAAUAAUGUUGUAAUAAUAACAUUUAUUCAAUUUCUGUUUCAAGUUUAGGAUAUUUCUCCUAGUUUAUUUAGGGAUGGGGAUGACACAAAUCUCUGAAUGGAUAACCAUGGUUAAAAUUUUCGUACUGCCUUUCAAUAGAAUUUUCUAGGGCAAUUAAAUUGCAGGUAAAACCAAUCAAACUAAAAUGACAGCAAGCUCUUAAAAAUAAGAUUUGUUUAAAAGUCAUAGGGCUAAAAAUAAGUCUUUAAAGUCCAGGGAAAAUGCAAAGAUGUUUGUCUUGCAUCAAGGUACAAUAAGGAGGCAUCAGGCAGACUUGUCUGAGGAGAGCAUUCCUUAAUUUGGGGGGUCACCUUGCUUUAUAUAUGGGGGGAACACCAACAGAUAGCCUUUCACAGAAGAUCUAACCUAUAAGUAGGAACUAAUGAAGAUAGGCAGCUCUCCCAAUUAUCUGGUCCUAAGACAUAAGGCCUUUCGAAGGUUAGAAAAUAGAAUCACUUUGGCAUGGAAACUGACUGGGAGCCCAUGGGAGCAGCAUAACACCAGUGUGAUAUGAUCAUAACACUCAGUCUCAGUUAAUUCAGCAUGUGGCUACAGUACCAACUUCAGUCAUCAGAGGCAGCCACACAUAGCAUAGAAGUGCCAUAGCUCCACCUUGCAUGUCCCAGUUUCAAUCCCCAGCAUCUCCAGGUAGGGCUGGGAGAGAAUCCUCUCUGAAACAUGGAGAGCUGCUGACAGUCAGUGUAGAGAAGAAAGAACUAGAUGAACCAGUAAGUCUGACUCAGAAGACAGCUUCCUAUUUUCCUAGGACACAUUGCAGAAGUCUGACUUGGAGGUUAACGGAGUAAUAAUCGCUGAGGCUAUGCUCUCUGUCAAGGUUUCCAGCUGCUGCACCAACCUAAACUGGUAAAAAGUACUACGUUCCACAGAAGUAACCUGUACAUCCAGAGACAAAAAUAAGAGAUUAGGUGUAUGAGUAUUCUUUCGUCCAACAUUUUAUUUCUCCCUGCUAGUCUUAACUGUGGUUAAGUGUCACAUUGACAACAACGUUUGUGUGAUUGACAGCAGUGUUGGUGUGAUUAACAGUCAAGUAUGAUUUAAAACCAGUGUGACAAACAGUUUAGUGUGUCCAACCAGGACCAGGGAGACUAAGGUUCAAGUACCCACUUGGCCAUAAGUUUUACUGAGUGAUUUGGGUGAUCUUGGAACAGUCACUAUCUUUCUGCCUAACCUACUUCUCAGGACUUUUGUGAUAAUAAAAUGGGAGGGAAAAUAUGCAUGCUGCCAUGAGUUCCUGAACAAAAAUUGGGACAUAAAUGUAAUCAAUCAAUAUAAAAUAAUAAUCAGGGUUCACUCUUAACUAUGAUGUAAGUUAGUUUAAGAGUAGUUCCUACUAGGGCUGAGGAAUUUAUGACAGCAGCAGAUGGCAAACGAUCCUUUUUCCCUUUUCUUACACAGGCUUUAAAGUUGUACUUUCAUGGUGGCUGCCACAGACAGCAACUUUAAAGCCAAUGUAAAAAAUGCAACUUUAAAGCCAAUGUAAAAUGAGAGCGAGAAACUGCCGCUGCUCAUAGCAUGCUUGAAUCAGCCACCAUAAAUAUUUCUCCUAUUGGCCGUUAUUAGCAGCUAUGUCAACAUGAUCCUUAACUAUCGGUAAAGUUGGCAGGGGGAGAUUUGUAAGUGAGAAGGUAGCAGCUGGCAGGACAGAGUGUGCAGUCUCACCACCUGUCUCCAUUCUCUUAACUGUGGUUAAUAGAGCAAUAGCAUUAUCUCUGCAAUAGGAGUCCACAACUCAGCUAUGACCAUUUUGUCUCAAUAUUUGUGAUAAUUUAUUGGGUUCUUGUUUCUCCUUUUUUCAUUUUCCUCUGAGAAUAGCUAUUUCCGCAGAACCCUUUGUAUAUUUUUCUGUGCAUAUUCUUACUCUGUUUUUCUAUAUUAUGACAACUAUCAUAUUUUUUUGCAUACAGCCAUUUGGUGGACAUUAUGGGGGAUUUAGUUAAUUUUAGUGAUGAACAUGCUGUUCUUUGUUUGAUAACUCGAUCACACUAGUUUUAAUUUCCCUUUAUCUUUCUGAGUGGCACAUUUCAGAAGACCACUGUAAAAUCCACUGCUUCUUUUCUAAACAUUUCAUCCCACAGGUAUUCUGUGCCAUCAUCCUACCUAAAUAAUACCCACCUAGACAGCAUUCCAGUCAUAGAAACCACUUCCUAAGUUAUAGUUACUCCACUUCGGUCAUAACAUCAUAUUUGCCAUACAAAUGUAUUCUUAGAUUAAUGUUUAAUUACUCCUAUUUCUUUAAAAACUGUUGGAUAACUAAAUAACCUUGUACUAAAAUUUAUCAGGCAUUUGCAAAAAAAAAUCAAUAUGUGUAAUGUGAUUGCUCUUCGGUGUUGCCUCUUGAUUCAGAUAAAUAGUUGUGUCUCAGUAUUGUAAAUAGGAACUCAAAAUCUCUGUUAAUUUGUAUAAUUUGGGGGCAGAUAAAAUAAGAUUUUUUUUAAAAAUGAAACUGUUUCAAGUUGAUUUUUGUAUCAGUUAUAUGACAAAUAAAGAAAAGCACUGGAAUUUAAGUAUGUGUCUAACUUGCAUUUAGUAUAUGGCUAUUGUUGUACGGAAAUAACAUUUUAAAUGGCUUAGACCUCAUAUCUGUAUAAAUAAAGGCAAUAUUUUAACAGGGUAAAGCCCUUUAAAAUUAGUUGGUUGGGUUUUUCUGACAGGGUGAUUGAGGAGUAGGCUCCUGGUCUGACAUUUUAUUUUGGCUGUGCAGUUGAUAUUUUAUUCUAAGGAGGAAUAGGUAAUUCUAAUACAUUAAGAAGAUUGCUUGAGGCAAAUUUACACAAUACCAGAGUUUAGAUUAAAAAAAAACCAAAAACUAGAGCAUACCUUAUUUGGGCAUAUGUCAGUGGCCUGACAGCCCUUUAAAUAUAUUAUUUUCAUUUAUUUUAACUCUUAAUUAUUGAAAAGUGCCGAUAGUGACAUGCGAGGUGGUAUGGCUGGUAGUAUAUCACCACCUGCAGAGAGCAAUUGCUAAGGAGCACAGAGGAAUCAUGGUUUGCUGGCCCAAACUUCAUUGGCCAGCAUAUUGCUGCUAAUUGGCCGGCAGCAUCAGCCCAGUAGCUCCAGCAGCGGCACGUAACUCACACCAGUAAAAGCAUGAAGCCACUUCUCCCUGUAGCACCAUUCCAUGAUAGUGGCCAUAUAUUGCCUGCUAAGUCACUUUGAGCCAUACUACCUUGUCAGGUGCUACUGAAACACUAUUUUAUUAUCUUUAAAUGUGAAUUGUUUAUACUUGUGUUUCUCAGUAUUUGUCUCUUGCGGAAAAUAUACAUUGCUUACACAUCACACAUACUCUCCGUACUACUCAUUACCAUCUCAUUUCCCCCCAUAGGACAUUUAAAAGAGAAUGACUACUAAGCUUUGCGUGUUAUUGUUGAGAUCAAUUAUUAUUUCUGCCCUUUUUGUUAAAUUCUAUACAGAGCAAAACCCUUACCAUCCAAAUUUGCUAGCUGGAAUUUGCACAAGGCAAGAGACUGAAAAGCUACGAGGAGUCAAGAAUGCAUGCUAGUGGCAUGGGAUACAGAGCAGCAUCUUGUUCCACUGUGUGAUGUGAGCAGUCCACACAAGGAGUCCCCUCCGCAACUCCUCUCCACACCUAGGUUAACCCAAUUUCAUGAGGGUUGAAACUGAUUCAGAGAGGAGGGUGCAGUGUGGAUUCCUUCUGUCUGAUCCAUGGUUUAUAACUUUAUCUGGCAACAAAAAGUAAGAGCAUUUCAGAGGCUUCCAUACUGCGGAGGGAACUUGUGUACCAGUCCUAAACUGUCAAUAGCCUAUGUUUUUCUUAAAUUGCAAUCUAAUACUAUAUGAGCUUAUUGCAGGUUGGUUUAUAUAGCCUGUGGGAUCUAUGCUAGAAACACUGCAGUUCGUCAGGCACAGUGUCAAUUCCAUAGGAAUUGUCAGGAGCAGUGUUAUCCCCUGACACAUUUUUUCCUGUUAACUUUCUGUAGCUGUCUUUCUUUGGCUUCAGCAAAACUGGAAACACAAUAAAUGAUAAGUAGGAUUUUUGGAAGAAGUGCACCUAUGGGUAAUGAAAAAUCAAGUUAGUCACACAUACCGUAGGAGAUAGCACAACAACAUGAAGAUGCUACUGAUUAAUGCAUGUUGUCUUAUUUAUUGCUUCUCCAGGAAGCAAUAGGAUGGAACUUUCCAUUAAAAUAAUCCAAGCUCAAUGAAAAAAUUCCUUCAGUAGCACCUUAAAGACCAACUAAGUUUAUAUUUUGGUAAGAGCUUUCGUGUGC